GUCAAAUUGGCAUCAACACAACACAAGAGAGAGUGAGAGUGAGAGUGAGAGUGAGAGGAAUGGAGGGGAAGAAGACGAGGGAAGAAGUGGAGAAGAGCGGAAUGAUAGACACGUGGAUGAGGAAGCACCGACUGAUUUACACCGGAGCUACAAAGCACCCUUUCAUCCUUAGCAUUCGAGAUGGGACCGUCGAUCUCGAAGCCUUCAAAACAUGGCUGGGACAGGAUUACAUAUUUGUUAGAGCCUUUGCCCCAUUUGUGGCAAGUGUGUUGAUAAAGGCAUGGAAGGAGUCAGAUGAUAGUAGUGAUAUGGAAGUCAUAUUGAGCAGCAUGGCUUCUCUAAAUGAUGAGAUUGCAUGGUUCAAGAGCGAAGCCGCCAAGUGGGGUGUUCAAAUCUCUGAAGUUGUCCCUCAGAAGGCAAAUCAAGAUUAUUGCCGAUUUCUGGAGAGUUUGAUGAGCCCAGAUGUUGAAUAUACUGUGGCUAUCACAGCCUUUUGGGCCAUUGAAGCCGUUUAUCAAGCAAGCUUUGCCCUCUGCCUGGAGGAUGGCUCCAAGACCCCUGCUGAGUUAAGGGAGACUUGCCGAAGAUGGGGCAAUGAUGGUUUCGGUCAGUAUUGUAAUUCUCUUCAGAAAAUUGCUAAUAGGCGUCUAGGGAAGACACCUGAUGAUGUGCUCACGAAAGCUGAAGUAACUUUACUACGUGUUUUGGAAUAUGAAGUUGAAUUUUGGAACAUGAGCCAGGGGGCGGCUUGAUCAGCCUCAGCUUCAGAAACCUCACAUUAUGUAGUGAGCUGGUGGACUCUAUUGCACUGAGUAAGAGUAUAAAAUGCUAAGAAAAUACAGUAUAGUAUAGUAUUUCCUCAAUCUUUGCUCGUUAGGAUCUAUCAAAACAUGUAUAUUUUGGUCCUUCCUCAGCUUUUCCGUUUUGCCUCAUCACUUUGGUGUGGAACGGAACAUAGGCAGUAGUUUGUAUGUACUGAAUAUAUAUACAUGCUUAUGCUUCUUAUAAUUAAGCUGGUAGCAUAUGGAUAAGCAGCGAGUGUGAAGUUAAUGCUUUAAA